AUGACAGGACUCAAUAUUGCAAUGCUUUGGUGGGUGGUUGUAAUAUUUGCCUUGCCAUCGGCUCAUGGCAGCAUUGAUCAAAGCCCCAAAGCGGUGGAAAAAUGGUUCAAGAGGCUUCCGCAAGCAAAGGAGAAGUUGACAAAGCUUCACUUCUAUUUUCACGACACUGUAACUGACAAGAACCCCACGGCAAUACGAGUUGCUCAAGCCAACAUUACUAGCAAAUCACCAACGCGGUUCGGGGAAACCUUGGUCGUCGAUGAUCCACUGACACUGGGACCUGAGCCCUCUUCCAAGAUCAUCGGUCACGCCCAAGGUAUAUAUAGUUCGGUUUCCAAAGAGGAACGUUCCCUGAUUAUGAUUCUGAAUUUGGUAUUCAACGAUGGCAAGUUUAACGGCAGCACCCUUAGCCUUCUGGGUAGUAAUUCCAUUUUCCACGAGUACAGGGAGAUGCCGAUACUAGGUGGUACUGGGGUUUUUAGAUUGGCCCACGGAAUAGCUACAGCAAAAACCUGUGCCAGCAAUACUACUACACGAAAUGCUGUUGUUGAAUACCACGUCCUCGUUCUACAUUAUUGA